AUGGUGAAACAAUUUGGUCGCCGACGAAACCGGCGCUUCGAGUGCCACCAAGAUGUCGCCAAUGUUGUCUGUCAGGGAGUUAUGAUGGGUGUCUGGCAGCUCGAUUGGGAUUACCAAAAAGCACAUCGUGGAGUGCCUCCCGACCCUUACAUGAAACACUGGGAGAAUUGCGUUAUCGACGCCGCCGACGAUGACGAAGUUCUACAGCUCCAAGAUCGUGGUACCGUCAUCGCCCUUGUCGGAUUGGUCAAGCACAGAUUGGAUGAUGAUAUUUCAAAGAUUAAAGAUGCCAUCUGCGCGCACUACGAUUCUGUUUCGAAGUCAACGCUGAAGCUGUCUGACCAGCAAGCCGAGCUGGCACUAAGUUUUGCGACCAAGCUCUGGCUCCACGCUUCACCAGACCUGUCCACCAGAGGACCAUCUUCAUUUCGUCUUGUCAUAAAAGCAUGCUUGCCCGAAAGAUCUGACCCAAAUAAGAUCUCCGGUCAUCUGACAAAUGAUUUCUGCGCCAAACACCUCUGGAGGAAAGGAGGAAUUCGGAUUGUUUGGACGGAUGAGAUUGAGAAGCAUUUGACUUCACACAAAGGUCGAACUUUGCAUGUUUUCAGGAAUUCGUCAAUGCUUCGAGCCUUGCAGCAAGAUCCUAAUAGUGAUCCUUUCCCUGAUGGCUUCGUCAGUGAAACACUGCAGACACUCUAUCUUCUGUUUCGGCCACUUGAUUCGAAGAAGGCUCGCAGGAACAUUCGGUACAUGGAGAAGCACCUCGACGCAGACCUGGAGCUUGCUAUGGGAGAAUAUCCAAAUGUUGAUCUCCAACAAUACCCCUACUGGCACGAACAGCUCGCCGAAAUUCAACGGAUGUAUGAUCACAAGACGCCCUCAGGCCUUGUGCAGUGGUGGUUUGACCGAAGAGAUCGGGUGCAAUGGACAACAUUCUGGGUUGCAUUCCUUGUUUUGGUACUGACCGUUUGUUUUGGUAUUAUUUCGAGCAUAACUGGCAUUUGGCAAGUUUACCUCGCGUAUCGGUCCUGA